UUGUCGCUACUCGCAAUGACAACCUAACGAUCUUACUUGACGAUAUACUAUUAUCGGCGGAUUGAACGAGUGUAAUUUGUAGCAAUCACAAUUUGGAAACGUUUCCAUUUCUGUUCCUUCAUUUAUUCAGUUACUUAUGUUUCUUCCAUCGUUGUUCGUCGCGAGUACAUAAUGCAUUGUACGGCGAGUGUUUUUAAACGAAAGGACAUACGACAAAAGCAUUUAUUUUUAUAGGCUAACUAUGACAUAGAGUCACCGUGUAGUUCAAUUGAUUUCAUUGAUCUCUACAAACGUAUGUACGCCAAACUAUAAAUCCCAGUCUAUCAGCGUUACUAAAAAGCAAGCUGGCUUUACAAAAUCAUAGGGGGGGAGGGGAAUGACAAAAUGAGCAACGAUCGCGAAUUCCCUCCAUGGAGUACAAGUCGGUUUCAUUUGAAUCGAGGGGAAAGGGGAGCCUAAAAUAGCGCGUGUGAUGCAUGAAUUUUUUAAGUAUCAUUUCUGCCCGGUGUUUUCUGGCCCCUCUAAUGCCUAAUCACACAAAGGUAUAUUCGACGUCAAUUUGUUGCGAGGGAACAGACGACGUUGCUACUUCCGUAUGGUAUGGGGUAGCUAAUUACCAAUGAAACGUUAAAGGUGGACUGCAGAGGGUCACCGCGAUAGGACAGAGAAGGGAGAAAGUAAAGCAAGGUCUGCUAUAGACCGUACAGUAUAACCAUCCCCCCCCGAUUCUCCGUAACAUUGUUACGCCCUGAGGCUUGCGGUUACAGUCAUUUAUAAUUAAACAGAAGUUGACCAACGCCAAGCCACCACGGUUACGAACGAUCAAAAUUGAUCAAUGUCAGUCAGUGGAGAACACCAGAACACAACAAGCACUAUCCGCGGUGUGCCAAAUCGGGACCCUCUACGGUUACCCUCGUUGCCUAUUUCCUUACCACCGUCACCCGGACGUCUUCCGGGUACCAGCCCAAACGAUACCUCCUCUGUUUCUUCUUCUCCGGAAAUAAAGUUCGAUUUCAUCGAUAUUAUGGAAGCGGACGCUGUUCGCUUGGAGGAUGAAACUCAGGAUUCACACAGCCGGAGACCAAGUCGAAGUGCGGAAUGCGUUGCUUCUCACCGUCAGGAUCAAUACAGCCCGAGUAAAUCACAAGUGAGCGAUUUAGGGCGGACGGUAAUCGAUUCGAGGGAUGCAUCUUUGGUUUCAUCAUCGACGCACACUCCUUGUCCGGACGUGUUUUGUGAUCCUGGGGGAAUAAAUCGUCCCGGUACUCCCUACGACGUCACGAAGCCCGUCCUUCAGGGGACGAGCGAGGCGACUUACGACCUGGCGAAAAAUGGAAUUCAACAAUUUAAUACGAACAAUGACAACCGGUCGUUAUCCGGAAGCCCCUCAAGAGCCGCGAGACGAUUUUCAAGGGCCAGCGUACACCCUAGUAUCGUUGGUACCUGCACGAGUGGACUAACCGCACGCGAUGCUUUUGGACCAAAAUUAACCCCAGCUCCUCCGGACGCUAGUUCAUCUUUACCGAGUACCCCGGCACUCCACGAAUUCGACAACGAAGCGAUGAAUAAAGACUCGAUUUCCCGAAAGGAUCUCGAAACGGAAGGUACAACGAUCCCGGACGCUGAUCCUGCAUCCUUAUUUUUUCGCGACGGUCGUCGGAGGAUCGACAUGGUUUUGGUUUACCAGGAAGAAAAUGAGGGUGUAAUGACCGAAGCUGAGGCGAGGCGGAUGGAGCAUAGGAAAAUCUUUGAGCAGAACCUUCUCAAAGAGGGAUUGCAAAUGGAACUGGAGCCCAAGAAUACUUCGUUCGACGGGAAAACGUAUUUUCUAAAACUUCAUAUACCAUGGAAAACGAAAAUGCAAUAUGCGGAGGUGAUGAACCUUAGAUUACCGACGAAAAGGUUCAUAACCAUCUCCGUGAAAGCUUGGGGCGAGGGGGAGGGCAAAGAGAAACCAAAAUACUGGGAAAGAUGGUUACCUUGGAUCGAAUGGAUUCAAAAGGUUCACACUUGGGACACCAGCAAAUACCCCGAAGAGCCUAGUUUUUACUCGAGCGCUGACCCUGGCGAUCGAGAAGAGAGGUUCGUGGUCAAGGACAGAGAUACGGCUUACACACCUGCCCAGAGAUCGUUGAUAGUGAUGCAAAUUUUACUGAGGGCCAGAUACGACGAGGCUCACGAACGUGCCGGUAUUCGCCGACUAUUGGCGGACGGGAGUUACAUCGACUGUUUCCCUUUGCACGAAGGACCCUACGACAGACCGGGACCGAACGGCGAACUCCUGGACAGACACCUGUUGUACCUUGAAUGGGCUCGACCUUCGAAGUGGUAUAAGAAGCAGCCGUUGUGGCUCGUCCGGAGAUACUUCGGAGAUAAGGUCGCCCUGUAUUUUGCUUGGUUGGGUUUUUAUACCAAGGCGUUGUAUCCACCGGCUGUCGUUGGUUUCCUCUGCUUUCUCUACGGUCUCGGUAGCAUGGAGGGUAUGGACAAUAUACCCAGCAAAGAAAUCUGUGAUUCUAAAGUGGGCGGACAGAUAACGCUUUGUCCUCUAUGCGACAAGGCUUGUACGUAUCAAACGUUACGAGAAUCCUGCCUUUUCUCCAGGCUGACGUACCUUUUCGAUAAUCCAGCGACGGUGUUCUUUGCGAUUUUCAUGUCUUUUUGGGCAACAACAUUUCUGGAGCUUUGGAAACGACGACAGGCCGUCAUAGUUUGGGAGUGGGAUCUCCAGAACGUCGAGGGGGACGAAGAACCCAGACCAGAAUUUGAAGCCUCGGUUAAAACGUAUCGUGUAAAUCCGGUCACCAGAGAAAGAGAACCCUAUCUUCCAGCGUGGUCUAAGGUGCUACGAUUCAUGGCGACGGGAUCUAUGGUGUUUUUCAUGAUGUGCGUGGUGCUGGGAGCGGUGCUCGGCACGAUAAUCUACCGAAUAUCGUUAGUCGCUGUAUUUUACGGUGGUGGAGGAGAUUUGCUGAAAAAUCAUGCGAAAAUUUUUACUUCCAUGACCGCCGCCCUGAUCAAUUUAACGAUCAUUAUGAUACUGACGCGGGUAUAUCACCGACUAGCAAGGUGGCUAACAAACUUAGAAAAUCCGAGAACUCAGACUGAAUACGAAGAUAGUUUUACCUUGAAGAUAUUUCUUUUUGAAUUUGUUAAUUUUUACUCGUCGUUGAUCUACAUAGCUUUUUUUAAGGGGAGAUUCUUCGUGCAUCCGGGUGAUGCGAACGCGAGAUCCUCGCCAUUUUUCCGCAUAAAGACUGACGUUUGCGACCCGGCGGGCUGUUUGUCCGAACUUUGUAUUCAGCUGGCCAUCAUAAUGGUGGGGAAACAAUGCUUCAAUAAUUUUCUGGAGAUCUUAAGCCCGAAAUUUUGGAAUUGGUGGCGAAAAAGAACUCAAAAAGCAGCCACGAAGGAUCGGGACAGACAGUACACUCGCUGGGAGCAGGACUAUCAACUCCAAGAUCCAGGCAGACUAGCGUUAUUCGACGAAUAUCUUGAAAUGGUUAUUCAGUAUGGGUUUGUCACGCUUUUUGUGGCGGCGUUCCCUUUGGCACCGCUUUUUGCUCUGUUGAAUAACAUCGUUGAAAUUAGAUUAGACGCGUACAAAAUGGUGAAGGAAGCUCGAAGGCCUCUCGCAGAGAGAGUAGAGGAUAUUGGCGCUUGGUUCGGCAUAUUGCGAGGUGUUACUUAUGUGGCUGUGGUAUCGAAUGCUUUCGUGAUCGCCUAUACUUCUGACUUUAUCCCAAGAAGUGUCUAUGCGUUCGUAUACUCUCCAACGAAUGAUUUGGUUGGUUACAUAGAUAGUUCGUUAUCAGAAUUCAAUACUUCUGACUACAGAGAAGACAUGGGAAGUGACGAUAACGAUCCCGAUCCGCCAACUUGCCAAUAUAGGGGAUAUAGAAAUGGACCUGAUCACGAAGAGCCUUAUGGACUGAGUCCUCAGUACUGGCAUGUUUUUGCAGCCAGACUAGCUUUCGUCGUCGUUUUCGAGCACGUAGUAUUCGCAUUGACGGGGAUUAUGAGUUACGCAAUUCCAGCAGUGCCAAGAGCCGUAGCUACCCAGUUACAACGUGAGCGAUUAUUAGCUCAAGAGGCAAAGUAUGAGAAGGGAAUAAAAGGUCGCGAAGAUGAAGAUGAGCUGGUAGCUGCUCUCCGAGAGGCUGGAAGUAUGGGGCGGCUACAAGGUGCUCGCACAAGCUGGGCUAGACGUUUCAGUAAAUUAAGUGAUAGCCUGGAUGCCCAUAUUGACGUGGGAUCUCGAGCUCACAGACAAAGUGAUUCGUCAACAGUGUGGGAAGUGAUGUAAAUUAUAAAACAUUUGUCUACAAAAUUGAAUUGAAUUUAAUUUCGUCGAUCCGGCAACGGGUUUGUACAGUGGCGUUGAACGCAAUGGCGGUGAUACCGCGCCGAUUUGAUUUUAAUGAUGACUGUGAGAUCGCAUCGUUGACCGAAGACGAUCGCAUGUUCAUCCCAGCUGGUUGCCCGAAAUAGUACAAAUUCUCGUCUAAUAAGAAACGAAUGAACUUUCCGCGUUUUUCAAAAUACAUUUAAAUGUUGCUCGGCUCAAUACCGUACGGUCUAUAAAAUGACGUACGAGCUUUGAGGAAAAGAAACAGCGGAUGAUUUCAAUGUUACGCUUUCCAUGUCCGUCCACUGAUUGUUAAAAUUCAAGCGAAUCAUGUAUACUGUGAAUAAUAAUUCAAUUUAUAUGAAAUGAAA